AUGGAAUCUAUAGUUGGUAACUGUGCCUUGGUGACUGAGUUUAUUCUAUCAGGGUUUCCAUUUCGCCCUGAACUGCCGAUUGUCCUAUUUUUCAUGUUUCUGACAUCGUAUGGUAUGAUUUUAAUGGGGAACAUUGGAUUGAUGAUGUUAAUCAGGAUUGAUCCCUGCCUUCAAAUCCCCAUGUAUUUUUUCCUUAACAACCUAUCCUUUGUAGACCUUCCUUACACCUUAGUCAUUGUUCCUGAAAUACUGGUCAAUUUUCUCUCAGGAAACAAAUCUAUUUCUUACUAUGGCAGUGCCUUGCAGUUUUUUUUCUGUGCUUUUACAGGCACGGAAUCCUUUAUCUUUGCUGCUAUGGCCUACCAUCGCUAUAUCACCAUGUGUAGCCCUUUACGGUACACAGUUGUGACGUCUCGGGGAACCUGUGUACGGAUGACUGUGUUGUCAUACGUUGGAGGCAACAUGAGUUCCUUGGUUCACACACCCUUUGCAUUUUUUCUGAAGUGCUGUGAUAAAAAUGUUACUAACCCUUUUUCCCGUGAUCUCCCUGCCCUGCUUAAGCUUUCUUGCAUGGAUACAUCAAUUAAUGGGUGGCUUCCGGCCACAUGGGGCAGCUCAGCAGAAAUUAUGUGCUUUAUCACCACCAUCAUCUCCUACUUCACCCACCUCUCAGCCUUAAAGAUUGCUCUCAGCGGGAGGAGGAAGGCCUUCUCUGCAUGUGCCUCUCACCUGGCUUCUGUCUUUGAGCGAGAACUUUUCAGAUAG